AUGGAGAAAUAUGAGAAAAUCAAAGUUGUCGGAAGAGGAGCUUUUGGGAUCGUUCACCUGUGCCGCAGGCGCAGUGACGGGGCUUUUGUCAUCCUGAAGGAGAUCCCAGUGGAGCAGAUGUCUCGAGACGAGCGUCUGGCGGCUCAGAACGAGUGUCAGGUCCUGAAACUGCUCAACCAUCCAAAUAUCAUUGAAUACUAUGAGAAUUUCCUGGAAGACAAGGCCCUGAUGAUUGCUAUGGAGUAUGCACCAGGUGGUACCUUGGCUGAUUACAUACAGAAGCGCUGUAACUCUCUGCUGGACGAGGACACCAUCCUUCACUUCUUUGUACAGAUCUUACUCGCCCUGUACCACGUCCACAACAAACUAAUCUUACACAGAGACCUUAAGACACAGAACAUUCUUCUUGACAAGCACCAGAUGAUCGUCAAAAUUGGUGACUUUGGCAUCUCCAAAAUCCUUGUCAGCAAGAGCAAAGCUUACACUGUGGUGGGGACACCGUGCUACAUCUCCCCAGAGCUGUGUGAGGGAAAGCCGUAUAACCAAAAGAGUGACAUCUGGGCUUUGGGCUGCGUGCUCUAUGAACUAGCGAGCCUGAAGAGAGCCUUCGAGGCAGCUAAUCUACCCGCCCUCGUUCUGAAGAUUAUGAGCGGCACAUUUGCUCCAAUCUCAGACCGGUACAGCCCAGAACUCCGACAGCUCAUCCUCAACAUGCUCAAUCUGGAUCCAUCCAAACGGCCUCAACUCAAUGAAAUAAUGGCUCUUCCCAUAUGCAUCAGGCCUCUGCUUAAUCUCUACACAGAUAUAGGAAAUGUCAAAAUGCGCAGGAUAGAGAAACCACUGUCUACUGUGCAGACUGGUCCUCAAGGUCGACCAGGAGGGAGAGUUCCUACUAACAGGUCCAGAGAUGGAUCAGUGGGUUUAGGAUCAGGGAAGGUGCAUUCCCUCCCGCUGUCCUCGGUGUACACGUGGGGAAGUGGAAUCUCAGUGCCUCUCCGCCUGCCGAUGCUCAACACUGAGGUGCUCCAAGUGUCUCUGGGUCGAACUCAGAAAAUGGGGGUGACCAAGUCUGGCCGUCUGAUUACAUGGGAGGCUCCAUCAGUGGGGUCUGGUGAGGCCAGUCUGCCCGGUGUGGUGGAGCAGAUGCAGCCUCAGUUCAUUUCACGUUUUCUCGAGGGUCAGUCUGGAGUCACCAUCAAGUCUGUGUCCUGUGGCGAUCUUUUUACCACCUGCAUGACAGACAGAGGCAUUAUCAUGACAUUUGGAAGUGGGAGCAACGGCUGCCUGGGACACGGUAACUUCAAUGAUGUAACACAGCCCAAGAUAGUCGAAGCACUCCUUGGCUACGAGCUGGUUCAAGUGUCAUGCGGUGCUUCCCACGUACUCGCUGUGACCAAUGAGAGAGAAGUAUUUGCCUGGGGAAGAGGAGACAAUGGUCGCCUCGGGCUAGGCACCCAAGACACCCACAACUCUCCACAGCAGGUGUGUUUACCUGUGGAAUUUGAGGCCCAGAGGGUGAUGUGUGGAGUCGACUGCUCUAUGAUUAUUAGCACCCAGUACAGCAUUGUGGCAUGUGGAAGCAACAGGUUCAACAAGCUCGGCCUUGAUAAAAUAACAGCUGGAGAGGAACCAAAUCCCUCAAAUCAGGUGGAAGAAGUCCAUUCUUACACUCCUGUCCAAUCAGCCCCACUAAACAGUGAGAAGAUUGUUCACAUUGACAUUGGGACAGCCCACUCUGUUGCUGUUACAGAGAGAGGACAGUGUUUCACCUUCGGCAGCAACCAGCAUGGCCAGAUGGGCUGUAGUUCCCGUCGUAGCAGCCGUGUGCCGUACCCGGUGCCCGGGCUGCAGGGCAUCACCAUGGCUGCCUGUGGAGAUGCUUUCACCUUAGCUAUCGGAUCUGAAGGGGAGGUGUACACCUGGGGAAAGGGGGCCCGCGGCCGCCUCGGAAGAAAAGAGGAGGAUUCCGGGAUACCGAAGGCGGUGCAGCUUGACGAGACUCACCCGUUCACGGUGACAUCAGUGGCUUGUUGUCAUGGCAACACUUUGCUGGCAGUGAAACCUUUGCUUGAAGAACCAGCCCCGAGAUGAAUUUGUCCUAAAAUCGAACCCACACCCACUCAGCGGUCGUCAUGUAGCCCAGCAGUGGCAUGAGGUGAAGCUUCCUCUGAAUAUAACCCCUCCCAGAGGCCCGUCUGUGCUGCAGUUGAAAGAUUCCCUUUCAUACUGCAGCUGCGGCCUCAGACUCUCACUUGGUCUUCCUCUCUAUGCAGUUUUUUCUUUCUCUCUUUGUCUUCAGGAAUGAAUGUUUGUUUCAUUCGGAGGUUUGAUAUUGUGCAACAAAGCACAGAAAAGGUGAAACCUUGUGUUGCAGCAGGUGUAUCUCACAACAGGUUAAAGGAAUGUUGCAAUGCUGUUUCUGAAGAUAGAUUACAGGAAGCGAUUAAGCAGCUUUCAUGUGGAGAGCCAUUGUCCUCUCUCACGUGAAGUUGGUCUAAUGAAGGCCAGUAAAAGUCAAACUGGUUUAACCUCUCUUAAGCCACUGGUGAACGAGAAGAAUCAAUGCACAGAAAGAAUAAAAGCCACUUGAGUUUUUAGUAACUCAUCAGUCAAGUGAACCCAAUGCGUUAAUCUCGAUCACAUCGUCAGCGCUCACAUUGUGCUUUAUUGGAUUAGUCCUCCAAUACAUUUGUAAGUCAACAGUAGAUUUCAAAGCAGAGAAUGAUGUUUUGUUCAGGAUAAAUGACUGUUUUUGAAAUCACUCACUUGUUCACUACUCCCUGCAUAACAGACAGUCAAUUUUACUAUGGGUCAACAGAUUAUUGACCUGUACCAGCCAGUUAUCUGAUUUGUCAUUUUAUUUUAAUGAUUGCCGAUAAAUUGAAUUCAUUAAAAUGUGCAAAGAAAGUGUAAG